UGAGGCUUAUAGACAGAGGACUUGAAUACAUAUUAUUGGUCUUAUAUUCUGUAAUUAUAUAAUAGUUAUUGACUUACUGCCCUUAUUGGUGUGACCAGCAAGUUGGCCACGCCUAAACAAACUGCUCUACUAAAAUUUCUAAUUUCUGAUCCAUUCAAAAUUUACAAUAAAAUGUCUAAAACUGUAGUAGCUUGUUUAAUAAGCUAUUAAUUUGGCACUAGAGUAUAAAACAUGCCACUUAUUGCAAUUAAAAGGACUCUCUUUUUUACGUUAUUGUGGGCGGAAGUGCUGAAAUGAAGGUCUAAAACCAGUGUACCAGAAUUGGUAUAGGUAAGCUAAAUGAUGUGAUACAACGAUUUUUUGGAAAUAUGGUUGAUAAAUCAUGAACAAUCAAAUUAAAGAAUAUUUUCAAGAAUGUGAGCUGUUGUGUUGAUAAUUCCUGGGUUAUUCUUUGUGUAUUUACCACUAUGCCUUCAAGGACGAUUUCUUACAUUGCUUUACAUGCAAGGAGUUUUCCAUCAAUUUUGGUCUACAUUCGUCGUCACAAGUUGAUCAAAUUCUUCGCAGGAUUUCUAUUGUGCUUGCUGUUUUUUCGUCUUACUAAACCGAAUUACUUCUCUUAUGGAAUAUCCUAUGCAAAAAUCAUUUAUGAUCUGGUUAAUACUGACAUGCAACGACAGAAUGAUGUCUUAAGACAGGAUGCUCAGUUAGUGUGGGAUUUACAUCAUUUUCAAAAAGAAUUCAUGCCUGAAUGGUGCAAGAAUAAAGUGAAGAAAAAAAGAAAACUUGCUUGGUUUGUGUCAAUGUCUGGAAACAGCGUUGUUCCAGGUGCAGUCGCUGUUGGUCACAUUAUCAAGAAGUUUUCAUGUUAUCCAAAUCUUCUUGCUCUUGUGACAGACACUGUGAGUAAAGAAUCUAGAUCUGCAUUGGAGGCUACUGGCUUUAGUGUUCACGUUGUUGAGAGUCUUGAUUGCAACUGGAUGGAUAAAAAACUUGGAUAUGAGAUAACUAAUAAAGGGAUCCCAGGUACUCAUACAAGAUUUAACAUUUGGCGAUACACACAGUUUGAUUCGAUAGUCUAUGUUGAUACAGAUUUCUUUCCAUUGGUCAAUAUGGAUGAGCUUUUUGAUUUACCAAAAGAGUUCUCUGCUGUGUACUGUGGUCGUCCUGGUGUGUUAGAUCCAUGUUUUAAUGCUGGUCUAGCAGUUUUCAAACCCCAUUUGGAUACAUAUCAAGGCUUGAUGGAAAAAUGGGAGGAGUUGUCUCGUGUUAUUGGCUGUCCUAAUGAUCAAAUAGUACUGUGGCAUUACUUUGCAUUUAAUGGCCGAUGGAAUCCUUUGCCUUACUCCUACAAUGUGAGAAGGAAAAUCUACUAUCCAAUGAAAGCCUAUCAUUUCGCUGGGUACGGCAUAAUACCCAAACCUUGGGAACUAAAGAAGCCACCAUCAAGACAAGAAGCCAACUCAUUUCCUGGACCUGUUGUCAAACAACAGGAAACGAACAUUCUUUGGUGGAAGUUAUUCUACGAGGCCUUGGAUGCAUAUAAUCUUCACGACUGGUGGAAGACAACAGAAUUUUAUACGCCAAUCACAGGAAGGUAGAUCAUUAUAGAAAAAAAAAUAGAAAUUUCAUCAAUUCGGUGAAAUUUUGAGCAGCUCCGGAGUACCGGGAGUAGUUUCUUCAGAUGCAUCAAGAACCUGUCUGCACCAGGUCAGAAUGCCAUGAUUACAGAUAGAAAUUGAACGAUGAAAUCAAGCAUAAUGCAGCCGAACAAUAAUCGUCUAUAUCACACAGUAAGGACAUUGAAAAUUUAAUCUAUUUUACCAUUUAUUAAUUCACCAACUGACAUGACUGAGAUUACAGUUUAUAUAAUUA